AUGCCUGUCUCUAGUGUCCCUCGCCCCCAGGAUGGCCUGCAGCUACUGCCUACUGCCUCAGAGGACAAUGACCAAGAGCUCUUCCUGAAGAGGCAGCGCAGCCUGGCCUGGUGGGAGUGGAGACUGGACCCCAGCCCUGACUCCAACAAGCCGCCCUGCGAGGCACUGGCCAGGCCCGGACGCUCGCAGGCGGCGCCCUCCGCCGCCUUUAAAGCCGGGGGCACCCUUGGCAGCUCCCCCCGGCCCCACCCCGCGGCGCGGCCCCGCCCCCUCAUGCAUAUGCAGGCGGCGCGGCCCAUGGGCUAUUUCGAGCUGCAGCUGAGCGCGCUGCGGAACGUGAACGGCGAGCUGCUGAGCGGCGCCUGCUGUGACGGCGACGGCCGAACGACGCGCGCGGGGGGCUGCGGCCACGACGAGUGCGACACGUACGUGCGCGUGUGCCUUAAGGAGUACCAGGCCAAGGUGACGCCCACGGGGCCCUGCAGCUACGGCCACGGUGCCACGCCCGUGCUGGGCGGCAACUCCUUCUACCUGCCGCCGGCGGGCGCUGCGGGGGAUCGAGCGCGGGCACGGGUCCGGGCUAGCGGCGACCAGGACCCGGGCCUCGUCAUCAUCCCCUUUCAAUUCGCCUGGCCGCGCUCCUUCACCCUUAUUGUGGAGGCCUGGGACUGGGACAACGACACCACCCCAAAUGAGGAGCUGCUGAUUGAGCGGGUGUCACACGCGGGCAUGAUCAACCCUGAGGACCGCUGGAAAAGCCUGCACUUCAGCGGCCAUGUGGCACACCUGGAGCUGCAGAUCCGCGUGCGCUGUGAUGAGAACUACUACAGCGCCACCUGCAACAAGUUCUGCCGGCCCCGGAACGACUUUUUUGGUCACUACACCUGUGACCAGUAUGGCAACAAGGCUUGCAUGGACGGCUGGAUGGGCGUGGAGUGCAAGGAAGCCGUGUGCAAACAAGGAUGUAACCUGCUCCAUGGGGGAUGCAGUGUGCCCGGGGAGUGCAAGUGCAGCUAUGGCUGGCAGGGGAGGUUCUGUGACGAGUGUGUCCCAUAUCCCGGCUGUGUGCACGGCAGCUGUGUGGAGCCCUGGCAGUGCAACUGUGAGACUAACUGGGGUGGCCUGCUGUGUGACAAAGACCUGAACUACUGUGGCAGCCACCACCCUUGCACCAAUGGGGGCACGUGCAUCAACGCUGAGCCUGACCAGUACCACUGUGCCUGCCCAGAUGGCUACUCGGGCAGGAACUGCGAGCGGGCCGAGCACGCCUGUGCCUCUAACCCGUGUGCCAACGGGGGAUCUUGCCAUGAGGUGCCGUCCGGGUUUGAAUGCCACUGCCCGUCUGGCUGGAGUGGGCCCACCUGUGCACUUGACAUUGACGAGUGUGCCUCGAACCCCUGUGCGGCUGGUGGCACCUGUGUGGACCAGGUGGAUGGCUUUGAGUGUAUCUGCCCGGAGCAGUGGGUGGGGGCCACCUGCCAGCUGGACGCCAAUGAGUGUGAAGGGAGGCCGUGCCUUAACGCUUUUUCUUGCAAAAACCUGAUUGGCGGCUAUUACUGUGAUUGCCUCCCGGGCUGGAAGGGCGCCAACUGCCACAUCAACAUCAACGACUGUCAUGGGCAGUGUCAGCACGGCGGCACCUGUAAGGACUUGGUGAACGGGUACCAGUGUGUGUGCUCACGAGGCUUUGGAGGUCGACACUGCGAACGGGAGCUAGAUGAGUGUGCCAGCAGCCCCUGCCACAGCGGUGGCCUCUGUGAGGACCUUGCUGGCGGCUUCCGCUGUCACUGUCCCAAGGGAUUCUCUGGACGGCUCUGUGAGGUUGAUGUGGACUUGUGUGAACCAAGCCCCUGCCGGAACGGUGCACGCUGCUACACCCUGGAGGGUGACUACUAUUGCGCCUGCCCGGAUGGCUUUGGCGGCAAGAACUGCUCUGUGCCCAGGAAGCUGUGCCCAGGCGGGGCCUGCAGAGUGAUCGACGGCUGUGGGUCUGAGGCAGGGCCCAGGGUGCCGGGCAUGUCGCCCUCCGGAGUGUGUGGCCCCCACGGGCACUGCGUCAGCCAGCCCGGGGGCAACUUCUCCUGCAUCUGUGACAGCGGCUUUACUGGCACCUACUGUCAUGAGAACAUCGACGACUGUCUGGGCCAGCCCUGCCACAACGGGGGCACAUGCAUCGACGGGGUGGGCGCCUUCCGCUGCUUCUGCCCCAGCGGCUGGGAGGGCGAGCUCUGCGACACCAAUCCCAACGACUGCCUUCCUGAUCCCUGCCACAGCCGCGGCCGCUGCUACGACCUGGUCAAUGACUUCUACUGUGCGUGUGAUGAUGGCUGGAAGGGCAAGACAUGCCACUCACGCGAGUUCCAGUGUGACGCCUAUACCUGCAGCAAUGGCGGUACCUGUUACGACAGUGGCGACACCUUCCGCUGCGCCUGCCCCCCAGGCUGGAAGGGCAGCACCUGCACUGUGGCCAAGAAUAGCAGCUGCCUGCCCAACCCCUGUGUGAACGGGGGUACCUGCGUGGGCAGCGGAGACUCCUUCUCCUGCAUUUGCCGGGAUGGCUGGGAGGGCCGCACCUGCACUCACAACACCAACGACUGCAACCCUCUGCCUUGUUACAAUGGUGGCAUCUGUGUUGAUGGUGUCAACUGGUUCCGUUGUGAGUGUGCGCCUGGCUUUGCGGGUCCAGACUGCCGCAUCAACAUUGAUGAGUGCCAGUCCUCGCCCUGUGCCUAUGGGGCCACAUGUGUGGACGAGAUCAAUGGCUAUCGCUGUAGCUGCCCACCUGGCCGGGCCGGCCCUCGGUGCCAGGAAGUGAUUGGGUUUGGAAGGUCCUGCUGGUCCCGGGGUGCCCCAUUCCCGCAUGGGAGCUCAUGGGUGGAAGAUUGCAAUAGCUGCCACUGCCUGGACGGCCGCAGGGACUGCAGCAAGGUGUGGUGUGGAUGGGAGCCCUGCCUGCUGGCCGGCCAGCCCGAUGCCCUGAGUGCCCAGUGCCCACCGGGGCAGAGGUGCCAGGAGAAGACCCAGGGCCAGUGUCUGCAGCCACCCUGUGAAGCCUGGGGGGAGUGUGGCCCUGAGGAGCCUCUGCCGCCUAGCACACCCUGCCUGCCGCGCUCUGGCCACCUGGACAACAACUGUGCGCGCCUCACACUGCACUUCAACCGAGACCAAGUGCCUCAGGGCACCACCGUGGGCGCCAUCUGCUCUGGGAUCCGCUCCCUGCCAGCCACAAGGGCUGUGGCCCGGGACCGCCUUCUUGUGCUGCUCUGUGACCGUGCAUCCUCGGGAGCCAGCGCUGUGGAGGUGGCCGUGUCCUUCAGCCCAGUGCCAGACCUGCCCGACAGCAGCCUGAUCCAGGAUGCGGCCCACGCCAUUGUGGCUGCCAUCACCCAGCGGGGAAACAGCUCGUUACUCCUAGCAGUCACUGAGGUCAAGGUGGAGACGGUCGUUCUGGGCAGCUCUUCUUCAGGUCUGCUGGUGCCCGUGCUGUGUGGCACCUUCAGUGUGCUGUGGCUGACGUGUGUGGCCAUUUGCGUGUGGUGGACCCGCAAGCGCAGGAAAGCACGGGAGCGGAGCCGGCUGCCACGGGAGGAAAGCGCCAACAACCAGUGGGCUCCGCUCAACCCCAUCCGCAACCCCAUAGAGCGGCCGGGGGGCCCGGGCAGUGCUGGGAGCCACAAGGAUGUGCUCUACCAGUGCAAGGACUUCACACCUCCUCCUCGCAGGGCAGACGAGGCCCUCCCCGGGCCAGCAGGCCACCCUGGUGGCAGGGGGGAUGAGGAGGACGAGGAUCUGGGGCACAGUGAGGGGGACUCCCUGGAGGCAGAGAAAUUCCUCCCACACAAGUUCACCAAAGACCCUGGUUACUCGCCAGGGAGGCCAGUGCACUGGGUCUCGGUCCCCAAAGUGGACAACCGCGCAGUCAGGAGCGUCCAUGACACGUGCUACGCCAGCAAGGAAUAGGACUCGGGAGCCCUCGCCGGGCACCACACACCUGCUGGAC